UUAUCGGGCGUACUCAAGCACCUGUCCCGUGAAGUACUUGCAAGCUAGGCCACUAAUUCUUAUUUAUUUGUUUUAUACUACGCUUUACCUAGGCAACCAUUGAUCAAUGUAAUAACAAGGAUUCAUAUUUUUCAUUUAUGCAAAAAGAUAAAUAAUUUAUUCUGGAAGACAUGAUUUAUUGACAUGAAUUUUUGCGAAGAGUGUUUUGUUGGUUUUGUUUGUAAUAUUUUUUUCGUGGGAAACAGUACGGAUUGCUGUAAAUGAACAUUCUAUUUGCGUGGCCUAGUACGGGAAAAUUGUCAAACAUGGAUGGAACAUAACAAAGAGAGGUGGAAUUUUGGAAUGAAAUUUGUGAUGUAUUUUUUAGGAAUUUUCUCUUGCUUUGUUCAACUUCAACUUGUUUGCGGGCAAGUUAUUGGAAAUGGCAUGAAGAUGGACGUUAAUAAUUUCUUUCCACAUCUACUGGAGAACUCCAUGCAUGCCAUCAAUCCCAUGGCGGUCAGCUCAGGGAGGCUGACAGGAAAGGGUUGUCUAACAUCCGGGAACAAUAUUUACGGGAAUAUCCCCAUGGGAAAUCCCAUGCAAACUGGGUUUAUAGCGAAUGAACAAUGUCCGUGCCGGUAUCGUAUUAAUUCUUUGGGAUGUUACGUGUGUAACUGCAGUUCAGACUCGCCAAAAACAAAUAUCAAUAUAGCGACGCUAAAGGUUCCCGGUUUAAACCUGCAAUUCCUGGGGCAGUAUCACAAGGUUCAUACAACCAAACGACACACAGACAAUCCAGAUCCGAAAACAGCGAAAACCUCUUUAUCCACCGCGAAAAUCCAGACAAACACGAUCCUCUCAACGACCAGUUUCCCGCCAAAAGAAAAUCAAAAUGACAUCACUACGUCAACAAUCACGCUGACUUUUUAUAAUCCAACGACAGAAAAACACGAAAUAGAUGCAUCAAAAACAAAUGUUAGAACUACUAUGAUAACUCCUACCAUAGCGAAGGAGGGUCUUUAUAAAACAAAUUACAACAAAGCGGUGAACGAAUCCCCUUUUUCUGAAGAAUACAUGGCUGUCGUCGUUGGUCUAGCAACAGUUUUGUCCUUAUUUCUUGUUGUUGCUGUGAUUUUCGUCUUCAAGUGGAGAUCCACCACAAGGGAACUUAUUAGACAACAGAGUGAGUUGUAUUUCGUGGAGAAAACCAAUCGUCAAAGCUCGAUUGUUUCCGAACUUACACUCGAACUCGAACGAGAGAAAAGGUCCUCGGUGUAUUCCGUCGUGGAGGACGAUAUCGAGUCCCCCUCGCCACAAACUGACGUCCUCCUAACCCCUACUGCACCCCCGCUAACACCUGGACAAAAACAACAAACGGCAUUUCUGUAUCCAGCUGACGAUAGUCGCAAUGGCUAUCUGGAACUCAUAUGAAUGUUAAAAUGAAUUUCACAUAUAUUUAUCGUGUAUUCAGAUACUACAAUUGGUGUUCUUGUUACUUAUGAAUGAAUAAAAUCUUUUAUUCAAACA